UAGAAACUCAAAAAGGCUCCAACAAUGGCUUCUUCUCUCCAUAGACCUGCUCCCCUUCUUCGUUUCAAUCCAAAAGCUCCAACCUUUUGCCAUGGAUUCCAUCCUCGUCUGCCCUCCAGAGUCCUCUGCGGCUUGCGCGACGGCCCCAGGAAGCCUCUAUGGAGAGGAAGAAUCUUGUCCACGGAGGCUAUACAAGCAGUCCAAGCUCUCAAGCUCGCCAAAUCGAGCUCUUCUCCCUCUCUAGACCAGGUGUUCCAGUCCCGUAUUGGGCGGCUCUUGAAGGCCGACCUCAUCUCCGUGCUCGCCGAACUCAGGCGCCAGCAUGAGUGGGACCUCGCUCUCCAGGUAUUUGGAUUUAUCCGAACGGAAGUGUGGUAUAAACCGGAUUUAUCGUUAUAUAGUGAUAUGAUUAUGAUGUUCGGAAAGAAGAAGAUGAUUGAAACUGCCGAACAGCUUUUCUCCGAAAUAGAGAAAGAAGGAAUAAAGCCUGAUACCAGAGCUUAUACUGAAAUGAUAGGAGCAUUCUUGAGAGUUGGAAUGGUGGAGAAAGCCAUGGAUUUAUACAAAUCAAUGAAGGAAGAAGGUUGCAAUCCUGAUAAAUUAACCCUAGUCAUUCUUAUCAGGAAUCUUGAGAAGGCCGGGGCGCAAGAUCUUGCAUGUUCCGUGAGGAGGGAUUGCGAAAAGUAUAUCGAUGAACCAGAGAAAUUUCUCAGUGAAGUAUAUACAAAAUUUCCUAAAAGAAGAUCAUUUAAAGUUGUUUGAAGGAACUCUGCCACAAACAUCAUGGCUUCAACAUUUUUGGAUUACAGGAAAAAAAAAA